AUGUUGUCGAAAUUAAAGUGGGAUGGUCUCGUCAAGACUGCUGCUGAGCUCGGAUUAGCGAGUCUUCCGGAGAAACUGCCAGAACAGAUUGACGAGGCUUUUCUCAGGACACUUCACCACACCUUGCUGGAAACACACAUUGAGCAAGGCAAGAUGACAUGUCUCAAUUGCAAUCACGUUUAUACCAUCAUGGAUGGGAUACCCAACAUGUUACUUACUGAGGAUGAAGUCUAG